AAGGAAACGCCACCGCUCCAGUCAUAUCCCCGCCGCCCGCGCCGCCGAAGGCCGAACCCUCGUCGCCUCCCCUGCCCACGCCCGCCGCCUCCAGCAGGACCACACCGCCGGAUUCGACUUUUUUGUCCUCGCCCUCUCCCCCUCCUCUCGUCUCCUUUGAUGGCGUCGAGGGGAGGCUCCUCCGGCUUUAUCGAGUAUUUUCAUAACAGCACAAAGCGUCAUGGCAGCAAUAGAGAGAACACAAGUCAGCAAGGCAUGAAUGCUAUCAGGGUGCAAAAAGAAAUGAAAAAAGAAUGGGCAAGACCUGGAAGAGUUUUCAAUAGAAAUAUUACUAGAGGAGGCUACUCUCGAAGUUCAUUGCCUGGAGUCACACAGGAAUUUCGUGUUGUCAAAGAUAACAGAAUUAAACUGAAAGAAGUUAGUGAGACUUUGCCAGAAGCAUCUCAGAACGGCGAUUCUAGCAAUGAAUGUGCUUUUUCAAAUGUUAGAGAUAAAUGGUAGAGUAUACCAGUUGUCCCUCCUAUGGCUCUUUGUAUUCUACUUUCCAUCUAUAAAAUGGAACAUUGUGACAGUGAUCACAAUUAGAAAACAUUGUGUUAUUUCAAGAUAAUUGCAUAACACAAAACUAGGGAUAUUAAGUGUGGAUUCUUAAUCUUACGCACUUUUUUCUGUCAGUGUUAUUGUAAAUUUAUAUGCUGGUAUAUGGUAACACCCCCCCCCCCCC